AUGUCGAGGCGAUCAGGGACUUGUUUGAGGUCCUGUUUGGUGGUCUUUGCAGUGGUGUCUUCACUUUGUGUAUCUGGGCCUGCGCUGUAUUGGAAGUUCAAAAAAGGGUUAAGAUUGAGAAACUCUUCACCUUCUUGCAGUCCUUGCAUCUGUGAUUGCCCUCCUCCUCUUUCCCUUCUGAAGAUUGCUCCUGUUUUGUAUAAUGACAAGGAGAAUGAUUUAGGAUUGGGUGUUCACUCUUCAUAG